AUGUCCAAUGUUUACACACUUGAACCUCAAACAAAUGCAAAGGUGAUCUUGCACACAACCGCAGGAGAUGUUGAAAUUGAACUUUGGGGAAAAGAAACGCCUCUGGCUGCCCGUAACUUUCUGCAAUUGUGCAUGGAAGGGUAUUACGACAACACAAUAUUUCAUCGCAUCGUCCCACACUUUAUUAUUCAAGGUGGCGAUCCUACCGGAACAGGACAUGGUGGUGAAUCGAUCUAUGAUGAAUCCUUUCCGGAUGAGUUUCAUUCUCGCCUACGGUUUAUUCGCCGUGGUUUGGUUGGCAUGGCAAACAAUGGCGAGAAUGACAAUGGUAGUCAGUUCUUUAUUACUCUCGAUCGUACGGACGAACUCACGAAAAAACAUACCCUGUUUGGACGAAUUGGAGGCGAUACAAUUUUCAAUGUUAUGACUAUGGCAGAAAUGGAAGUAGACGAAAACGAACGACCUUUGUAUCCACCCCGAAUCAAAUCUACAGAGAUUGUAUUGAAUCCGUUUGAUGAUAUUAUUCCACGUAUAUCAGAGCGCGAGAAAAUGGUCGCGAAGGCUAUUGAAAUGCAAAAAGCCGAACAUUUGAAUGCUGCCAAACGUCGUAAAAAGGAGAAAAAGCAAUUGAACCUUUUGUCAUUUGGAGAAGAGGCUGCUGAAUUUGAGCCUCCUGCUGAAUUGGCGCCUUCAAAGAUGAAGAGCAGCCACGACUUUUUACCUGAAGUCGAAGAAAAUACAAUUGAAGAAACACCAAAGGAAAACAUUGAAAAAGCAGCUGAAAACACAGAGAAAAAUGUUGAGGAAAAAAUAAAAGACAGACCCGAAAAGGAAGAAAGCAAAAAGUCCAAAAGGAAACAUGUUGAUAAAAAGACACUUCAAAAGCAACCUGAAACCGAAAGUUAUCGAUUGGCACACAAUGCGACCGAAGAAGUAUUUACCGGAUUUUCUCAAAGUCAAUCUGCUGAGUUUGUAAAACCGGCUGUUGCUUCUGUCACUCCCAGGUAA